AUGGCGACCGACAGAGCCAGUGCGGAGGCCGUCGACCAGAAGGACUAUCUCGAAAAUCCGGGGCAAGUCGCUGAACAUGUCGAAAUUACUCAAGACAUUAGUUGGACUGCGGAGGAGGAGAAGAAGCUCGUCCGCAAGAUUGACUUGUUCCUCUUGCCCAAUAUUUGGCUCAUGUACCUUCUGUCUUACAUGGAUCGAACCAACAUCGGAAACGCAAAGAUCGCUGGCAUGGCUGAUGAUCUUGAACUCACAUCGUCGCAGUAUAGCAUUAUUCUAGUAGUCUUCUUUGUUGGCUAUGUCGUUUUCGAACCGCCGUCCAACAUGAUCCUGGUCCGAAGCCGCCCUUCGCUAUAUCUUCCCGCCAUCAUGAUUGUCUGGGGCGUUCUGACAUGCAUCAUGUCUGUCGUCCAGAGCUACCACCAUCUCAUUAUCCUUCGAGUCUUUGUCGGUGUCAUGGAAUCAGGCUUUGCCCCCGGAAUUCUCCUGAUUUUCUCAUCUUGGUACAAGCGAGGUGAACAGUCGAAGCGGUUCGCUGUCUUCAUGUCCGCCGCCAUUCUUUCCGGGGCUUUUGGCGGUCUUCUCGCAGGCGCCAUUACUGGUGGUCUUGAGGGCGCUCAUGGAAUUCGAGGUUGGCGCUGGCUCUUCAUCGUCGAGGGCGUAGCCACCAUUGGUUGGGCCAUCGUUGCCGCGUUUCUACUCCUUGACUUUCCAGCCAACACCAAACACCUUACGGACCGUGAGAGAGCAAUCGCCAUUGCGAGACUUCAGGAGGAUAGCGUCACUGUGAGGGGUGAGGGCGAGAAGGUUGGCAAGGUGCAGUCGUUUAUGCUCGCAUUGCGGGACUGGCGGACUUGGGGCUUCAUCUUUGGCUACAUGGUCAUUGUCGGUUCUUCAACCCUGUCCUACUUCUACCCGACUCUGGUCCACGGCCUUGGUUACACCAGCACUGUGCAGGCACAAUACAUGACGGUGCCUAUUUAUGCCGUCGCUUUUGUGUGCACCGCUGUCAGCGGCUACUUCGCCGACAAGAUCUCCAACUACCGCGGUCUCGUCAUCGCCGGUUGGCUCACCUUCUCGAUGAUAACAUCCAUCGCGGUCUGCGUCGUCUACGACUUCACAGCUCGGUACGCUCUGCUUGUUCUCAUGGCUGCAGGCCUCUGGGCGUCCAAUGCUAUCUCCCUGAGUUUCGCGUCUUCGACAUUUGGGUCAAUGGACGCCGAGGUUCGAGCUGUCGCGUUGGCGCUCAUGAACGCUCUAGGCAAUCUCGCGCAGAUUUAUGGCGCCUACCUAUUCCCAUCGGACGAUGCGCCGAAGUAUCUCAUGGGCUUUGGAGUUAUUUCUGGAAUGUUGGGUUUUGGCGUUUGCGUCUAUAUUGUCAUGCAUGUUCUUGUCCGACGGUGGAAGACAUGA